AUGACAUCUCAAACAGUCGUAGAUUUGGAGCUGGUCGCUGCGAGGUGGGAUGCGGAUCGGUGUUUCGAGCUAGACAGCGAGUUUCAUCCCUUCUUCACAUGGCCGGAGGCGAUAGAAGAACCUUCUCGCGGGGCUGUGGAAGAACUUAGUAGUGCGAGAUGUCCUUCAGCUGUCCAAGUUAGCUAUACCUCCCCGACCAAAGUUCGAAACAUCGAUCCGUUGGCGGGUGAGAAAAUCUCAUCACGAGCAACAGAAGCAUCUGAACAUCUCUCAGGACAAGCGACAGAAUCCUCCUUCGGGGGCCUCCGCACACAGCUACCCACUGAAGCACAACCAGAUUCCGAACUACAAUCGACUUUCACCACCAAUAUGUUCUUCACGCCUCCAACUCAACCCUCUACAACCAUGACGCCUCAAUCAAACCUCUCUUGCCCCAAUGAUUUUUCCGCUCGAGGUUCCAGCCUCUCAGACGCUAGUCCUCCUAUAAGAGCAUAUCAGAGAUUCCUCGCGCAAGAGCUCGAAAAUGCCCGACAGUUCGCCUGGUAUCUCGAGCGUCAAAUGUCCGUCCUGGAGUGGAGGGUUUCGCACCUUGAAAGCGUUGUACAGCAGCUGACGUGCUAUAUGUAA